UCCUUAUGGAGCAUGCAUGAGAGAGUUCAGAGAUGUUUUCCUUCAGUUUUGGUGUAGAAAAUCUUCUAAAGUAAAAAUAAGGAAACAAUUCUUCAUCAUAUAAAGCAACCAACAAGUGAUAGAUUAGCCAACGUGGUGGGUCCAAAUUACAUGAGAGGAGAACCACCCAUGUGUGGCAGCUUUUCUUCAUCUAUAGAACCCCUCCAUUGUCCCCCACAAGUGACCGACGCUCUACCGCCUCAGACUUCCACACCCUGGCGAGAAUUGUCCUUUCAUUUUAUAACUUACUCUUAUCUUAUAACUUUGGAUUUCACAAUCCCAACAUGUUUGUCUGCUUCUGUUCAUGAUUUCAUUUCCAACAAAAUUAAGAUUUUUCUUUAUAAUCCAUACUAUUUUGAAUCCAUUAAAACAAUAUGCAGAACGCUUGAAUGGAAAGCGAACUUCAAACCCAGUUGGUUGGAAGUGAGACACUCUCACUUCCUCAAGUAACAUGGCAGCGGAAGUUGAACAGCAAAGUAAAGAACCCUUCUGAGUUCAAGAUGAGUACAAGCGAUUUUCUUCACCUGUUUCCAAUAGGCUAUAGAUUGUGGCGUCACACUAAACAAGAGGCAGCAAAAGGAAAAGUAUCCAUUUACGAUAUCUUCAAAAAGAAGAAUGUAAAAGGGAACCAUGGUGUCCCUUUAGGUGGAGUUGGUGCAGGAAGCAUCGGAAGGAGUUACAAAGGUGAGUUUCAGCAGUUCAAGCUCUUCCCUAAAGUUUGUGAAGAAGCUCCAAUCCUCACAAAUCAGUUCUCUGUUUUUGUUUCGAGACCCGGUGGUGUAAAUUACUCAACUGUUCUAUGCGCAAAAAGUCCAGAGUCUGUAAAUGGUAGAACAGAAGAUUUAGGAAUAGAGUCAUGGGAUUGGAAGAUAAAGGGGGACAAAUCUACGUAUCAUGCUCUGUAUCCUAGGUCUUGGACUGUCUACAACGAGCCUGACCCUGAACUCAGAAUAGUUUCUCGUCAAGUCUCUCCCUUUAUACCGAAUAACUACAAGGAAAGCAGUUUUCCAGUAUCCGUUUUCGCUUUUACGGCGACUAAUCUUGGAAAAGAAGAAGCAACGGUUACUUUGCUCUUUACAUGGGAGAACUCAGUGGGAGGAGCUUCUGGGUUUACUGGAGAACACUUCAACUCAUCAACAAUGGAAAGAGAUGGGGUACAUGCAAUAGCUUUACAUCACAAAACAGCCAAUGGACACCCACCAGUUACUUACGCCAUUGCAGCGCAAGAAACAGACGAUGUUAGUGUCUCUGAGUGUCCAUGCUUCUUGGUUUCUGGUUGUUCUCCUAAUGAAAUCACAGCAAGAGCUAUGUGGGAUGAGAUCAAAGAGAACAAAUCAUUCGACCGGUUGCCUUGUGAGCCAGGCUCACCUUCGAGACUUGGAACAGCCAUUGGAGCAGCCAUAGCUGCUAAAGUGAAGGUCCCUCCCGGUUGUGACCGUACAGUCACGUUUUCACUCUCAUGGGACUGUCCUGAAGUGCGGUUUAAUGAGAAGACUUACCACAGACGAUACACAAGAUUCUAUGGCUCUUUAGGCGACGCAGCAGUGAAUAUGGCUCGUGACGCUCUUCUUAAUUAUGGUAAUUGGGAGUCUCAGAUUGAAGAAUGGCAAAACACUAUACUUUUAGACACUUCACUCCCUGAUUGGUAUAGAGUCACUCUAUUCAACGAACUAUACUAUUUCAACUCUGGAGGAGCUAUCUGGACAGAUGGCUUGCCUUACAAGCAAAGUACAGAAAGAAGCACAGAACAGAACAGUAAUGAUACAGACAUCCUCCAGAAAAUCAAUGCGGUUUGUGAUCAGGUUCACCACUCUCCUCAGUCUCGAAGCUCGGAAGAGAACAUUGGACAAUUCAUAUACCUCGAAGGAAUUGAGUAUCUAAUGUACAACACUUACGACGUUCACUUCUACUCUUCCUUUGCACUUCUCAUUCUCUUCCCUAAGCUCGAACUCAGCAUCCAGAGAGACUUUGCAGCAGCGGUUAUGAUCCAAGAUCCCACCAAGAAAGAGAUCAUGAGCUCCGGCGAGUUGGUUCCAAGAAAACUGCUAGGAUCGGUUCCUCACGACAUCGGUCUAAACAAUCCUUGGCUUGAACUAAACGCGUAUAACUUGUUCAACACGGAUCGUUGGAAAGACUUGAACGCCAAGUUUGUUCUUCAAGUCUACAGAGACGUGGUUGCAACCGGAGAUCAGAGCUUCGCAAGAGCGGUUUGGCCAUCUGUUUACCUAGCGGUGGCUUAUUUGGAUCAGUUCGACAAGGACGAGGACGGUAUGAUUGAGAACGAAGGGUUUCCGGACCAGACAUACGACACGUGGAGUGUUACAGGCGUUAGUGCUUAUUGCGGCGGUCUUUAUGUCGCUGCUCUUCAAGCUGCGUCUGCGUUUGCUACUAUUGUUGGGGAAAACGCUGUCGCGUUUUACUUCAACGCAAAGUAUGAAAAGGCGAAAACCGUUUACGAGAAGCUGUGGAACGGUUCUUACUUCGAUUAUGACAACAGCGGUAGCGACUCGAGCUCCUCGAUACUUGCUGAUCAGUUGGCUGGACAAUGGUACGCGAGAGCGUGUGGACUGAAGCCAAUAACGAAAGAAGAGUGGAUAAAGAAAGCACUCGAGACGAUCCAUGAGUUUAAUGUGAUGAAGGUAAGAGGAGGGACACGUGGCGCUGUGAAUGGGAUGUCUCCGGAUGGACAAGUGGACACGAACUCGCUGGUUUCGAAAGAGGUUUGGGCUGGGACCACUUACUCUGUUGCAGCUUGUAUGAUUCAAGAAGGACAAAGAGAGAAAGGGUUUCAGACAGCAAGUGGAAUCUAUGAGGCUGUUUGGUCUGAUCGUGGUCUCAGUUGCUCUUUUCAGACACCAGAAGCGUGGAACAUGAAUGAUGAAUACAGGUCUCUCUGUUAUAUAAUGAGACCUCUUGCUAUAUGGGCUAUACAAUGGGCAUUGACACCAAUACAAACUUUUGGAGGAAAGAAGCAGAACUUGAUGGCGGGAGAUGAAGACGACAGUGAUUUGUUGUUAAGACAGCACAAUGGGUUUAAAGAAGUGGCUCGUUAUGUGAAAAUAGCAAAGAGCAAUGAACAUAGAAGCCUUCUCCAAGAAACGUACGAGGCCAUCCUCAAGACAUUUCACUUGUAGCUUAUAUUGAUUCUAAGUCUUGGAUGCAACAUUUUUGCAUCAAAUAUUAUUAGCACUAGCGCAGUGUUAUAAAAUAUGCUAUACGUUAGCCGGGCGGCCACUUACUGUAUCGUAUAACUAUAUAUACAUAUGUUUACGCGGGGUAUAUACCGAAACCACUUUCUUA